ACAGUUUGGUAUUACUGCUAGGAAUUUAACUUUUAUUAUUAAAUUUAAUGUAUAUUGUGUAAAAAUAUAUAUUAAACAAUUAUUAAUUAUUUAAUUAUUAUAUUGAAAGUGUAAAAACAAUGAAUCCAAUAACAAUGCGUUCUAUAUUAAUUAAUCAAAAUAAUAUUAUGAAGAGAUACUUACAUAUUAGCACGGUACUUAAUAAAGUACAAUCUGCACGUUAUAGACCAAAAGCAAAAGUAGUACAAUCACUAACAUAUGAAAUGGCAAACCCUCCAGAAUAUAUUGUUGCUAGAAAAUCUUGGAAUUCAUGGAAUACAUCAAAUGUAAAAGAUGGUAAUAGGCCAUCAGAAACUGUUAUAGAAGAUAUUUUUAUUCGAAAUUUUAUUGAAGGUACUUGGCAUAGAUUAUUUAUAAGUGAGAUAAUUAUUAAACGACAACAUAAUAUAAUUAGGAUAGCUGGUAUUGUCUUGCGUAAAAUACCACCUAUUAAAAUGCAUUUUCUACUUGGUUAUAGUGAACAAUUCUUAAGUUAUUGGUUACAUUGUCCAGUCAAAAUGGAAAUAGUAACAACAGCAAAUAAAGAUGAUGUUAUAUAUAAAAUAAUAUAAUUUAAUAAUAAUAAUUAUAUAAAUAUUUUUAAGUUUAGUUUCAAUUAUUAUAAAAAAUUAUAUUAUGUAAAUAAAAAUAAAUCUAUAACCAUUAAUUUAUUAUAACAUGUAUACUUUUAUUGUACAAGUUUUAAUAUUAAAUAUAUUCUAAAGGCAA